AUGUAUGUGUUGUGUAACGUAUUUUUUGUAUUAUCAACCAGUAUCGCAAAUUUUCAGAUCAAACACUUAAGUACUUUGUUUUUUAUAACAUCAAAUUAUGCUAAUUAUGAACUACUAAAUAGUUCAAAUCGCAUCGACCUCAACUAUCGCAGCGAAUAUGGUGAAAAUUUGAAGUUGGAUCAGACAAACAAUUUUACAACUCUAAAAGCCUUCAAAACUCCUUGGUUUACCCGUGAAAGUGCUGAAAAUGAUGUGAGCAAUGAGAUUGAUGAUAAAUCUGUUGCUGUCCCUGCAGAAAAGUAUAUUAAAAACAGAACACUUCGCGAUGCUUGGAUAGCCAUGCGUAACAAGCACACAUCAGACCAACAGAAGAGACUUUUGUCUUCCUGGGUUGGUACGACAUCGUCAACACCCAAUGGGUCUGGUAGAUUGGCUACUGAUGAAUUUGAAUCCACUAGGGCAAUCAAUGAAAUUGAAGCGAAUUCUGCCAAUUUGGAGGAGUAUUAUCUCAAUAGGGAGUAUGAACGUCACUGGCAUUUUGGCGCGGAAGUCCCAGAUCAUCAAAUUGAAAAAUUGGACAAUUCAAAAUUUAAACUGAAGACAUGGCCUCAAAAUACAUAUUUGAGAAUUAAAUUGUUGUGUGCCUACCGAAAAUAUAUAAAUUUGGCAGUACACCGAAUUAGGAAUGCCAUUCAGGACACCAAAAGCCUAAAACUGACUUCAGUGAAGACUAUACCAAAAAAGGUUAAUAGAUUUCUAAUAAUAUGCUCCCCUACUAUUGACAAGAGAUCUAAAGAUCACUAUGAAAUUGAGCAGCAUACGAGAGUUUUAGAUAUUUAUCCACAAGAUGGCAUUGACACUAGUAAAAUCGAAUUUAGCAAGUUAUUACUAAUCCCCAUGCCAGUACAAGUUAAAUAUGAGUCGUGGUUUCAGGAGAUUAAUGGGCCUACCAAGAGUGAAUUUAUUCAUCAGCAAUACAUAAAGAAGUGGAUAUCCAAAUAUUACAUUUACAACAGAGACAAAAAAUCUAAAAUUGAAAUAAUCAAUCAACUUCUAGAGCCGGAAAAUAAGGAAUUUAUGCCAUUACGUUGGCCUAACACCUUCUACAGUCUAUAUAAAAUACCCUUGCCACAAUUGGAAGGGAUGCUUAAGAGAGUUCAAAAAAGACGAGAUUUAAUUAGGCAAUAUGAUAUUUUUAACAUUCAAAGGCCAAACAUAAAACCUUUACCCGAGGUUCCUGAUUCUAGAGAACUGAAACUAAAUGUUGUUCAAAUUGAUGAUUAA